UCUGCGGCGGCGAGUGCAGGGUGCUCAGAACCCGCGGGGGCGGAGCGGCGAGAGCGGCCCUGGGAGCGCGGCGGCGGCGGCGGCGGGCGCGAUCCACACCCCCGGCCGGCCCAGCCAGUGAGCGCACCCGAGCCCGGCUGUCUAUGGGGCGCCGCCUCCGCCUGGCUCCGACCCUUGCCUGCGGCGUUCGCCUGCCCUGACCUGGACUUGGGACUUCGGCAGAGGAUCGCGCGGCCCUGGAGAGGUGCUGUGGAAGAACAUGAUGGCUGAGCAACUCCUUCCUCAAGCUUUGUAUUUGAGCAAUAUGCGGAAAGCUGUGAAGAUCAGAGAGAGAACUCCAGAAGAUAUAUUUAAACCUACCAAUGGAAUCAUUCAUCAUUUAAAAUCCAUGCACCGGUACACGCUGGAAAUGUUUAGAACUUGCCAGUUUUGUCCACAAUUUCGGGAGAUCAUCCACAAAGCUCUCAUAGACAGAAACAUCCAGGCCUCCCUGGAAAGUCAGAAGAAGCUCAACUGGUGUCGAGAAGUCAGGAAACUUGUAGCUUUGAAGACGAAUGGUGAUGGAAACUGCCUCAUGCAUGCUGCUUCUCAGUACAUGUGGGGUGUUCAGGACACGGACUUGGUCCUGAGGAAGGCACUCUUCAGCACUCUCAAGGAGACAGACACACGCAACUUUAAAUUCCGCUGGCAGCUGGAGUCUCUGAAAUCUCAGGAGUUUGUGGAAACGGGGCUUUGCUAUGACACCCGGAAUUGGACUGAUGAAUGGGACAACCUUAUCAAAAUGGCAUCCCCCGACACACCAGGGGCCCGAAGUGGCCUUCCGUAUAAUUCACUGGAAGAAGUACACAUAUUUGUCCUUUGCAACAUCCUCAGAAGGCCGAUCAUUGUCAUAUCAGACAAAAUGCUGAGAAGUUUGGAAUCGGGUUCCAAUUUCGCUCCUUUGAAGGUGGGCGGAAUUUAUUUGCCUCUCCAUUGGCCCGCCCAGGAAUGCUACAGAUACCCCAUUGUUCUCGGCUACGACAGCCAACACUUUGUACCCCUGGUGACCUUGAAGGACAGUGGGCCUGAAAUCCGAGCCGUUCCACUUGUUAACAGAGAGCGAGGAAGAUUUGAAGACUUGAAAGUCCACUUUUUGACAGAUCCUGAAAACGAGAUGAAGGAGAAGCUUUUGAAAGAGUACUUGAUGGUGAUAGAAAUCCCAGUGCAAGGCUGGGACCAUGGCACCACCCACUUGAUUAAUGCUGCAAAGUUGGAUGAAGCUAACUUACCAAAGGAAAUAAACCUGGUCGAUGAUUACUUUGAACUUGUCCAGCACGAGUACAAGAAGUGGCAGGAGAACACGGAGCAGGGGCGGAGAGAGCUGCACGCCCAGCACGCUUUGGAGCCCUCCAUGCCCCAGCUCUCUCUCAUGGAUGUAAAAUGUGAAACACCCAACUGUCCUUUCUUCAUGUCCGUGAACACCCAGCCUCUAUGCCAUGAAUGCGCAGAGAGGCGGCAAAAGAACCAGCACAAAUCCCCCAAGCUGAACCCCAAGCCAGGCCCGGACGUGGUGCUUGGAGCCUCUCGGGGCGAGGCCUACGAGCCCACGGCCUGGAGCCCCGAGGAGCCAGCUGGGGGGCCUCAUUCGGCCCCUCCGACAGCACCCAGCCUCUUCCUAUUCAGUGAGACCACGGCCAUGAAGUGCAGGAGCCCCGGCUGCCCUUUCACGCUGAACGUGCAGCACAACGGAUUCUGUGAGCGCUGCCACAAUGCCCGGCAACUGAAUGCAGGCCACACCUCGGCCAGCACGAGGCAUUUAGACCCCGGUAAGUGCCGAGCCUGCCUCCAGGACGUCACCAGGACAUUUAAUGGGAUCUGCAGCACUUGCUUCAAAAGGACUACGGCAGAGCCCGCCUCAACCCUCAGCUCCAGCAUCCCUCCUUCCUGUCAUCAGAGGUCCAAGUCCGACCCAGCACAGCUCAUCCAGAGUCUCUCCCCCCAUUCUUGCCACAGAGCUGGGAACGAGGCCCCCUCUGGCUGCUCUUCUCAGGCCACACGCGCUCCUGGGGACAGGACGGGGACGAGCAAGUGCAGGAAAGCUGGCUGCAUGUAUUUUGGGACUCCCGAAAACCAGGGCUUUUGCACGCUGUGUUUCAUCGAGUACAGAGAAAAUAAACAUUUUGUUGCUGCCUCGGGGAAAGCAAGUGCCACAGCCUCCAGGUUCCAGAACGCAGUCCCCUGCCUGGGGCGGGAGUGUGGCACCCUCGGAAGCACCGUGUUUGAAGGGUACUGCCAGAAGUGUUUUAUUGAAGCUCAAAAUCAGAGAUUUCAUGAAGCAAAACGGACUGAAGAGCAGCUGAGAACCAGCCAGCGCAGAGACGUGCCUCGAACCACACCGAGUGCCUCCAGGCCCAAGUGUGCCCGGGCCUCCUGCAAGAACAUCCUGGCCUGUCGCAACGAGGAACUCUGCAUGGAGUGCCAGCACCUCGGCCAGCGGGUGGGCCGGGGUGAGCCCGUUCCCGAAGAGCCCCCCAAACAGCGCUGCCGGGCCCCUGCCUGUGAUCACUUUGGCAACGCCAAGUGCAAUGGCUACUGUAACGAGUGCUUUCAGUUCAAGCAGAUGUACAGCUAAUGCGAACAGGUGAGCCAGCCCCAGCCAUUAGCCAACAUGGUGCUAUCCUCUAAACACUCUGGUGCCACUGGAGUCGGUCCGGGCCUCAGGGGCUCGCGGUUGUCUUUGAGCAGGAGAGGAAAGAUAAGCUCUUGGUCAUGGCCUUGAGUUUGGUAACCGAGGAACAGUCCCAGGUGGCCUUGGAGCAGAUGGUGUCGGAUUCCUUCUGGGGCUCCUCCUCCGCCUCCUCUCCUGCAAGCAGAGGCCAGGAACUUGACGGACUUGGAAUGCGCGCCAGGACUGCUUUGUCAUCUUUCAAGAAAAGAGACAAGACGCAGUCAGAGCCACUCCACCUGCCUCCAUCGGCACUGCUCAGAGGUGGGAAGCUGAGUCCUCGCAGCCCACGGGCCUCUGUGAGGAGGUUGAGAAGCUCAGGGAGAAGGGACAUCUUCAGUGACAGUAGUUGGUGGUGUUUCCCUCCCUGCCUCACUCCUUUCCCUCGGACUGUGCUUCCGAGGCUGCUGAGACGACGUUCAUACUGCAAAGCAUUCAGCUGCUCCUUACAAUAUGCACCUUGUAGAAAUCAGAAUAUCUUAGUGGGAAGAUGUGUGCCUCUUGGUUAUCACGGUCUUCGCUUCUAAACAUGCUAUCUUGAAACGAGGUGUGUAUAAAAAUGUGGACAUACAAUGCACCCUUGUGUAUGAGGGAUUCUUUUUUAUUGUGUUGAAAAAAGAACGAGCCAGCACAGAGUCAUGCCUCGAACCACACAGAGUGCCUCCAGGCCCAAGUGUAAGAAGACUGAACAAUAAUAACCUAUUUUCUGGUUGUUGUUGGGCCACCGCGUGUACGUACAGCAGCUUUCAUGAACUCAACCCGCUGCCUUGUCAAAGGUCCUAUGUUUGGAGUUUACUUUAUUUAUUUUACUGCAAACUUUAAGGUUAUUUAAAUGAAGUUGUUUCUUAUGCUCUGGGGAAAAUGCCCUAGUGUCUUCUUGAGAUAAAGAUAUUUGCUGUGGGACAUGUUCUGGAGCCAGGCACGUUCCUGACUGCAGCAGGGGAGUCGGCCACUGAUGCACUUCCCUUGCCUUCCCAAGGAAAGAAGGAAUUGCCAUCAGUAGUCAGUUUAUUAAAAUCUCAUGCUUCUUCUUCAUGAAACUGGCCAGAGCCACUUCCCAGCCACAAUAUAGAAUUGUCUCUGACUAUUCUACCUCCUUAGAGAUAAGAUUGGAAAGGAACAGGGAUGGGAUUGGAGAAGGUCACAGGGAAGAUGUGGCCUUCAGUGAUGGUUUUAUUUGCUGUGUGAAUGCCUUUCUGGGGCAUAGGGCAGUGACCUCCUGUUCGUGAGUAUGAGGAAAUGUCUAUCCUCUGCCUGUGGUUUCUAUAUGUGCUUUGUGUCACUGUCAUACUUGUUCUAGAAAAAAAUGGCAGGGGAAACACAUUGUCCCCAGAGGUAAAGGCUGCCAUUUUUUUUGGUCUGGACUAGUGCUCCCCUAGUCUUCAGUGUUUUCAUCUAUUCCUUUUAAGGUUCAUAUUUUAAUAUUUUGUGUAUUGAUAUUCUCAUUCUUAAUGUGAAAACAUGGAAUUAUUUAUACUUGUUAUGUAAAACAUUUGGAAUUUGCACAUUUAGUUGUUUAAGUAGAUUUCUGUUUACUCAGUUGGGUUUAUUAAAAGUUUCCUAAAUAAUUGUAACUUUUCACAAAAGCCAAUAUUAAAAGAUAAAUUAUUUAAG